GCUGCUCCCCUUCGUUCCUUUCCUGCGCCCCAUCACCCCGGGUACCCUGCACACACCUGUAAACACGCAGCCUUCCUUUCUCCCAUCGCCGGCGCCUUUUGUGCCCGAGAUGUGGGUCCCGAGGCUGGCCCCCCGCUCUCCCCUCUGCGGCCCCCGGUGCUCCCCAUUGCCGCUCCUCUCCUCCGCUUCUUCCCCGGCCCCCAAUGCGGGGCAGGGGCACAGCUAAGCGCCCUUGGCCCCUUACCCUUUUCGUUCCACCGCCCCCCCCUCCUGCCGCCCCCCAAGAAAGCUAAACGCUGCCGCCGUCGUUGCUUCUGCUGCUGCCGCCGCCACCGGGGGAGGUAAAUGAUGUUCAAGUACCGGAUCCGCAUGUUCUUCAACGAGCUGAAGCUGCUGGUGUUGAUGCGGCGGGGCCGCCCGGAGCCCGAGCCGGGAGCCGGGGGAAGCCGCGGGGCGCUGGGCGGCAGCGGCUGCGGCUGGCCCCCAUUCGCCGACUGCUCGGCCCGGCAGGACGAUGAGGCCGAAUACUACGGCGGCGGAGGCGCCGAGACCCGGCCGCGGAGCCUGGCCCUGGAGGAGAAGGACCCCCGACCCCAACCCCCCGGGCAACAGCCCGGGCAGCAGCCCGCGUCGGGCGGGGCGGGGGGAGCUUUGGACUCGGUGUCGCUUAGCAGCAGCUUGGAUAGUGGCAUGAGGACCCCGCAGUGCCGGAUUUGCUUCCAGGGACCAGAGCAGGGGGAGCUGUUAAGCCCAUGUCGCUGCGACGGGUCUGUCCGCUGCACCCACCAGCCCUGCCUGAUUCGCUGGAUCAGCGAGAGAGGUUCUUGGAGCUGCGAGCUGUGCUACUUCAAAUACCAGGUCUUAGCCAUUAGCACAAAGAAUCCCUUGCAGUGGCAGGCGAUUUCCCUGACGGUGAUCGAAAAGGUACAGAUCGCAGCCAUCAUCCUGGGUUCCCUCUUCCUCAUCGCCAGCAUCUCGUGGCUCAUCUGGUCGUCCCUCAGCCCCUCGGCCAAGUGGCAGCGGCAGGACCUGCUCUUCCAGAUCUGCUAUGGGAUGUACGGCUUUAUGGACAUCGUCUGCAUAGGCUUGAUUAUCCACGAAGGCUCCUCGGUGUAUCGAAUAUUCAAGCGUUGGCAAGCGGUGAACCAGCAGUGGAAGGUGCUGAACUACGACAAAGCCAAGGACCUAGGGGAACCAAUUGGCGGGAGCACAAAGCCCGGAGGGCGGAAUUCACGGACGAACCCCUCCUCGGGGAGUGAGAGGACCUCCCAGCGGGGCCAGCGGGUUAGGACUAUUUUGAACCAUCACUGUGGCUAUACAAUUCUGCACAUUCUCAGCCACCUGCGGCCUAACGAACACCGCGGGGGCUCCGGUUCCAGCCGCGAGGUUGUCAUGAGGGUCACGACGGUAUAAUAACAGCCUACGGGGCCUUUGCCAAGAGGGAGAGGCUCCGCGGUUCCCAUGGAAGGAAGAAGCCGAUGCCUUCAUCUUCCGCACAGGCUCCAUUACGAGCCCUUACGGGGCAGGCCGCACGCUGUAUACUGUCCGACGCAGGAGGCUGCCUGGCUCCGUGGUGUUGCCGCCGCAGACCCCACCCGCCUCUUCCUUGUCGUGCGUGGGGAGUGCCUCAACUUGGUUGUACCUUCCUACCCUCCCAUCAAUGUGAAUUUAUUUUUUCUUUCUCUCUCCAUCCAGCUUGUGGUGAAAGGAGAGACAACCCCCCCCCCCAAAAAAAACCCCAACC